AUGGCUGAUCGAUUCCCUUCCAUCGAAGACAUUGAUGCCGGUGAAACCGAUGUUCGACCCGACUCAACCGCACAAGGAAGUUUCCUGGAACGAGAACGAGCACUUCUUGGAGAAGAUGCGGAUUUAUUUGCAGCCAACGACAAGCCCGGCGCUGCAACAGUUGAGGAUGGAGACGAUGAAGAUUUACUAGGAGGAGGUGACGAUUUUGUUUCCGCACCCCAGGCUUCUGGCAGCGUGGGACAGAAUGACUUUGACACCUUCGAGAGCUCAUUUCCUGCUAUUGACUCGCGGAAUGAUGUACGUUCGCAAGACUUCUUGCCUCGCUCAUUUUCCACAGUUGAUACCACAAGGUCUAACUUUUUGCAGAACGUCGGCCCUGGCGGCACCAUCACCAAUUCCUCCCAGCCCUUCCAAGGCUCUGGCUACACCAACUACAACGCACCAUCCAACGAAGAAGACACAGAGCCCAUCCGCCAAUGGCGCGAGAAGCGCAAUCAAGACAUCAGUCGGCGUGAUGAAGCCUCGCAGAAGAAGAAACAAGAAGUGGUCUCCACUGCACAGAAAGAUAUCGACUCGUUCUACGAGUCCUACAACCGCAAGGUCGACAAGCAGAAAGCCCAAACCGCCAAGGAAUCAGAAGAGUUUCUGGCGAAGAGAGAAGACACAACCGCUGGAGGUACGUCUUGGGAGAGAAUUGCCAAGUUGGUGGAUUUGUCAGGCAAGGGUCAACAAGGUGGUGGCGACGGCAGCUCGAAGAAGAAGAUGCGUGAAAUCUUACUGAGCCUGAAAGGCGACAAGGACGCACCUGGAGCCGGCGGGAUUUGA